AUGAAUUUGACUCCGACAACCAUCGCCACUCUCUUCAUGGCCUUGUCCUCCGUGACUCUUGCAGCUCCUACUGUCAAGAGAGACGAUGACGAAAACUGCCCUGAGAAGAGAGUGCACGUCCACCACAAACACAAGAGAGAGGUUGUGUACGAGUACGCCUACGUGACUGUCACUGUAGAUGGCUCCGGCUCGGCCGUUGGCCAGCCCUCCUCUGCUGCUGCUCCUUCCGUGGCCUCUGCCGCCUCCUCUGCUGCCGCUCAGGCCGUUUCCUCUGCUGCCCAGGCUGUUUCUUCCAGUCCUGCUGCCCAGUCUACCCAGACUCCUUCCACGCAAGUGAUUGCUUCCACUUCUUCCGCCGCCGCCGUCUCGCUGAGUGCUGCCGCUGCCACCACAUCUUCUUCUGCUCAGGCUUCUGCUUCUGCUUCUGCUUCGGCCUCUGCCUCUGCCUCUGCCGGUUCUACUUCUGGCUCCUCUUCCGGUCCAUUCCAGGAUGGCACCAUCCCAUGUUCUCAGUUCCCAUCUGGCCAGAACGGUAUUGUUGCUCUUGACUACUUGGGCCACGGCGGUUGGUCUGGUAUUUACCACUCCGACACUUCCACUGGAGGCUCUUGUACUGAGGGCGCUUACUGUUCUUACGCUUGUAAGCCCGGUAUGGCCAAGAGUCAAUGGCCAUCCAACCAGCCAGGUAACGGUGUUUCCGUUGGUGGUUUGAUCUGUAAGGGUGGUUUCUUGUACAGAACCAACCAGAACGCCCAGGACUUGUGUGUAGCCGGUGUUGACAAGGCUGUGGUUACCUCCCAGUUGUCCAGCAGUGUCGCCAUUUGUCAAACUGACUACCCAGGUACCGAGAACAUGGUUAUUCCAACCAUUGUCAACCCUGGUCUGACCUCGCCAUUGACCUGUAUCGACUCUGACAACUACUUCAACUGGAGAGGCAUGAAGACUUCCGCUCAGUACUACGUUAACAACGCUGGUGUCAGCCAGCAAGACGGAUGUGCUUGGGGUUCUGCUGGAAGUGGACUUGGUAACUGGGCUCCUUUGAACUUUGGUGCCGGUUACACCAACGGUAUUGCCUACCUUUCUUUGAUUCCAAACCCAAACAACCGCUCUCCUGCUAACUUCAACGUCAAGAUUGUUGCUGACGGUGGCUCUUCUGUGAACGGAAACUGUGUUUACAGCAACGGUGGCUACAACGGUAACGGUGCUGAUGGAUGUACCGUCGCCGUCACCUCUGGCCGUGGUAAGUUUGUCUUCUACUAG